CGAGGGGACGGGGCGGGCAGAUGCCAACAUGGCAGCGGUUGGGGUUGGCGGUUCCACCGCGGCGGCCGGACCUGGGGCGGUCUCCGCGGGGACGUUAGAGCCUGGGACCGCGAGUGCCGCUCACCGGCGCCUCAAGUACAUAUCCUUAGCUGUGCUGGUGGUCCAGAAUGCUUCCCUCAUCCUCAGCAUCCGCUACGCCCGCACGCUGCCCGGUGACCGCUUCUUUGCCACCACCGCUGUGGUUAUGGCUGAAGUGCUCAAAGGUCUCACCUGCCUGCUGCUGCUCUUGGCACAGAAGAGGGGUAACGUGAAGCACCUGGUUCUCUUCCUCCACGAGGCCGUCCUGGUGCAGUAUGUGGACACACUCAAGCUCGCAGUGCCCUCUCUCAUCUACACCUUGCAGAAUAACCUCCAGUACGUCGCCAUCUCCAACUUGCCAGCUGCCACUUUCCAGGUGACGUACCAGUUGAAGAUCCUGACGACGGCACUGUUCUCCGUGCUCAUGCUGAACCGCAGCCUCUCCCGGCUGCAGUGGGCCUCCCUGCUGCUCCUCUUCACUGGCGUUGCCAUCGUCCAGGCACAGCAAGCUGGGGCGAGCGGCCCAUGGCCGUUGGAUCAGAACCCUGGGGCAGGCCUCGUGGCCGUGGUGGCCUCCUGUCUCUCCUCGGGCUUCGCAGGUGUCUACUUUGAGAAGAUCCUCAAAGGCAGCUCAGGCUCUGUGUGGCUGCGCAACCUGCAGCUGGGCCUCUUCGGCACAGCACUGGGCCUGGUGGGGCUCUGGUGGGCCGAAGGCACUGCCGUAGCACACCGUGGCUUCUUUUUUGGGUACACGCCUGCGGUCUGGGGCGUGGUGCUCAACCAAGCCUUUGGCGGGCUAUUGGUGGCCGUCGUUGUCAAGUACGCUGACAACAUCCUCAAGGGCUUCGCCACCUCCCUGUCCAUUGUGCUGUCCACUGUUGCCUCCAUUCGCCUCUUUGGCUUCCACGUGGACCCGUUAUUCGCCCUUGGCGCCGGGCUCGUCAUUGGUGCCGUCUACCUCUACAGCCUUCCCCGAAGUGCAGCCAAAGCCAUAGCUUCUGCCUCUGCCUCCGGGCCCUGCAUGCACCAGCAGCCUCCGGGGCAGCCACCGCCACCACAGCUGUCUUCCCACCGCGGAGACCUCAUCACGGAGCCCUUUCUGCCAAAGUUGCUCACCAAGGUGAAGGGUUCAUAGCUGCUGGGAUUGAAGACGUUGGCCUGGCCUCACUCUCCCUUCUUGCCCUGGUCCAGCUGGGACCAAACUGAUCAGUAUUAGGGGUGGGGUGGGGUAGACAUCGAACCCCCUGUCCCCACCACCCUCCGCUUCCAUGUAGGGCUGACACAACUAACUUUUCUUUGGUAAUGAGGGCGUGGACAGGACCCACCUUAGCCUCCAGCCCCUGCUCCCCCACCCCCAUGCUCUUUCUUAGCUGAGUUUUUGCAAAU